AUGGUCCCUGCCGCUGUCAAUUUGCCAUUGCGGCCUGGUGUUGAGAGCCCUGCGCCUGCUAUGCUCACAUCUGCAGAGCCUUGUGCGGCUAAGACCACUCGUCGUAACCUCUCCCCGGUCCCAGCUGCGUGUCUCGUUUGUCGCAGAAGACACCUAAAAUGCGAUGGAGAAAGGCCUUGCUCCCGAUGCAAAACUGCUGAUCUAGACUGCGUCUAUGUCACUUCUCGUCGCGGAUAUUGUGGCCGUAAACGCAAAGCUACACGAUCCCUCAGUCACCUUGCAGCAGCACAAGGUCCCGCUCCUAUUGCUGCCCUCGCACCCACCACAAUCGUUACCGCUCCGCCGGUAUCCGCACUGGAAUUACCUUUUAUCACUGAUUCCACCAAGUUCUUCCGUGUUGUCCCAAGUUAUUCGGGCUUCAACACAAGUUUCCCAAUUGCCACGUUUCCUCAAACUAGUGUAUCAACUAGCUUGCCUCACAUUUCCAUUCCGAAUCCGGUUGAUCCUUACCUCGAGUCGUUCUAUCUCAAUUUCCACGCCGCCCAUCCUUUUAUACCGCCGAAGGAGCCUCUUUUAGUCAUAUCACAGGGCUCCUGCCUGGAGCCCCUGCUUGCUGCUAUACGCUGGAUUGGUUCUCUAUAUGUCGAGAAAGACACGUCUCACAAUCUCUUCAAAAAGGCAUUCCGCCUCAUAGAUGGGAACCCUCCCAAAAAUGGCUUCUUAUUGCAGGCUAUGUUGCUUCUCAUUAUUGGACUCGAUGGCAACCAUCAACUAAAAAGGGCUGCAAAGCUCAUGGCAGAAGCUCGGGAUAUCUCUAUCCAACUAAAAAUGAACACCCAUACGUUUGCUACCACCAACGGACAAGGAAUACCGAUACUUGAGGAGAGCUGGCGGAGAACAUGGUGGGAACUCUACGUUGUGGAUGCCCUUACAUCAGGUGUACAUCAAACCAACAUCUUCGCUCUGCAUGACGUCCACACGGAUGUUGCUCUGCCUUGUGAAGAGCAUCAGUUUCUCACCGGACAAAUACCUCCCCCUAUGCAUCCUUACGACAUGGGAAACAUGGGGCUGUUUGACGGCAGGCCGUUCUCCUCGUAUACCUAUCGAAUCCAAUUGGCUUGCUUUUUGGGCACCUUCCAGAAAACACCAACAAACGUCAACCACAUCGAAAAACUCCUCGCCAACUGGAUGCUGCGCUUGCCACCUUCGAAACACGACGCUUUUUGCGAUGGCAAGCUCGAUGAGAUGAUGUUCCAGGCCAUUAUGAUGUGGAACGCCAUAUCUAUUCUCCUACACCAACCCCACUCGCAACUGGAUCCAUCUUCGACUUACUAUAUCAAGGCGUGCGCACCUAACACGCCAGCUAUAUCCAGCGAUGCCUUCAAUUCGCAUACAAAACGCACGAUCCGGGCUGCAAGGGAGCUCAGCAAGUUGAUCACUUACCGCGUUCCUCUACUGAGACACACUCAUUUCUUCGCUUACAUGAUCACACUUUCAUCUACAAUCCACCUCAGUAGAUGGUCCCUACGCUUUGUGGCCCAAGAUGAUGAAGAACUCCGUCAACACAUGCGUCAAAAUAUCGGGGCUCUGAUAAAGUACGCUGAGAUGUGGCCUAUGGUGCAACAUAUGGGAUGUCAAGUAAAGCAGAUCGCAAAGGAGAUUUAUAGGAUGAAGAAGCGCGAGCAACAGCAGCCUCCGGAAUAG